GUUACAAUAACUAUAAAUCGUACAUUCCGUUUGGUAGUGUUACACCUGUCAUAACAUUAGCUGUAUAUCAGUUUCUCAUAAUGUUAGGGCGUGCAUUAAUUGAUCAAGCACGUUUUAUUUGGCAGAAUAUACUAUCAGUAAUACGGAAUUUCCUAGUGUAUGACUCUAAGUCUGGAGAUCCAGCUGUGGUGCCCGAUAAGUCUGUCACUGUACUAGAAAUGGAGGCGCAUGACGAUGGUAUCACAUUUAAUGUGGAAAGAAUAUGUCAUACACAUAGUCCUUUCUUUGUCAUAGAAGUAUCUGUAUGGCAAGUUUUGAAACUGAUUGUUUAGGUAUUACUGAUUGAUGUAUGUGUCAUUGUGUAGACCCUAAUGUCUGUAGUACGAAAUUGGUUUGCAUAACACCCUUGGUAGCGAGUAAACGCUCGGCAUCUCAUACUAGUAAAGAAAAAGGAGCUGUUUGCGGCUGUUCCUGAGGCAUCGGCAGAAAUGCCCGCUGAACCAGUCAUUGUUCAGCCGUUUGCAGCUGUUCCUGAGGCAUCGCCAGAAAUGACCGCUGAACCAGUCAUUGCUGAUCCUUUUACAGCUGUUCCUGAGGCAUCGUCCGCUGACCUAGUCAUUGCUGAGCCUUUUACAGCUGUCCCUGAGGGAUCGUCCGCUGAGCUAGUCAUUGCUGAGCCUUUUACAGCUGUUCCUGAGGCAUCGUCCGCUGACCUAGUCAUUGCUGAGCCUUUUACAGCUGUCCCUGAGGGAUCGUCCGCUGACCUAGUCAUUGCUGAGCCUUUUACAGAUGUUCCUGAGGCAUCGCCAGAAAUGACCGCUGAACCAGUCAUUGUUGAGCUGUUUGCAGCUGUUCCUGAGGCAUCGUCCGCUGACCUAGUCAUUGCUGAACCUUUUACAGCUGUCCCUGAGGGAUCGUCCGCUGAGCUAGUCAUUGCUGAGCCUUUUACAGCUGUUCCUGAGGCAUCGUCCGCUGACCUAGUCAUUGCUGAGCCUUUUACAGCUGUCCCUGAGGGAUCGUCCGCUGACCUAGUCAUUGCUGAGCCUUUUACAGAUGUUCCUGAGGCAUCGCCAGAAAUGACCGCUGAACCAGUCAUUGUUGAGCUGUUUGCAGCUGUUCCUGAGGCAUCGUCCGCUGACCUAGUCAUUGCUGAGCCUUUUACAGCUGUCCCUGAGGGAUCGUCCGCUGAGCUAGUCAUUGCUGAGCCUUUUACAGCUGUUCCUGAGGCAUCGCCAGAAAUGACCGCAGAGCCAGUCAUUGCUGAGCCUUUUACAGCUGUUUUUGAGGCAUCGCCGGAAAUGACCGCAGAGCCAGUCAUUGCUGAGCCUUUUACAGCUGUUCCUGAGGCAUCGCCAGAAAUGACCGCUGAGCCAGUCAUUGCUGAGCCUUUUACAGCUGUUCCUGAGGCAUCGCCAGAAAUGACCGCAGAGCCAGUCAUUGCUGAGCCUUUUACAGCUGUUCCUGAGGCAUCGCCAGAAAUGACCGCUGAGCCAGUCAUUGCUGAGCCUUUUACAGCUGUUCCUGAGGCAUCGCCAGAAAUGACCGCAGAGCCAGUCAUUGCUGAGCCUUUUACAGCUGUUCCUGAGGCAUCAUCAGAAAUGACCGCUGAGCAAGUCAUUGCUGAGCCUUUUACAGCUGUCCCUGAGGGAUCGUCCGCUGAGCUAGUCAUUGCUGAGCCUUUUACAGCUGUUCCUGAGGCAUCGCCAGAAAUGACCGCAGAGCCAGUCAUUGCUGAGCCUUUUACAGCUGUUCCUGAGGCAUCGCCAGAAAUGACCGCUGAGCAAGUCAUUGCUGAGCCGUUUACAGCUGUCCCUGAGGGAUCGUCCGCUGAGCUAGUCAUUGCUGAGCCUUUUACAGCUGUUCCUGAGGCAUCGCCAGAAAUGACCGCAGAGCCAGUCAUUGCUGAGCCUUUUACAGCUGUUCCUGAGGCAUCGCCAGAAAUGACCGCUGAGCAAGUCAUUGCUGAGCCUUUUACAGCUGUCCCUGAGGGAUCGUCCGCUGAGCUAGUCAUUGCUGAGCCUUUUACAGCGGUUCCUGAGGCAUCGUCCGCUGAGCUAGUCAUUGCUGAGCCUUUUACAGCUGUUCCUGAGGCAUCGCCAGAAAUGUCCGCUGAGCAAGUCAUUGCUGAGCCUUUUACAGCUGUUCCUGAGGCAUCGUCCGCUGAGCUAGUCAUUGCUGAGCCUUUUACAGCUGUUCCUGAGGCAUCGCCAGAAAUGACCGCUGAGCAAGUCAUUGCUGAGCCUUUUACAGCUGUUUCUGAGGCAUCGUCCGCUGAGCUAGUCAUUGCUGAGCCUUUUACAGCGGUUCCUGAGGCAUCGCCAGUAAUGUCCGCUGAGCAUGUCAUUGCUGAGCCUUUUACAGCUGUUCCUGAGGCAUCGUCCGCUGAGCUAGUCAUUGCUGAGCCUUUUACAGCUGUUCCUGAGGCAUCGCCAGAAAUGACCGCAGAGCCAGUCAUUGCUGAGCCUUUUACAGCUGUUCCUGAGGCAUCGCCAGAAAUGACCGCUGAGCAAGUCAUUGCUGAGCCUUUUACAGCUGUUCCUGAGGCAUCGCCAGAAAUGACCGCUGAGCCAGUCAUUGCUGAGCCUUUUACAGCUGUUCCUGAGGCAUCGCCAGAAAUGUCCGCUGAGCCAGUCAUUGCUGAGCCUUUUACAGCUGUUCCUGAGGCAUCGCCAGAAAUGACCGCUGAGCCAGUCAUUGCUGAGCCUUUUACAGCUGUUCCUGAGGCAUCGCCAGAAAUGACCGCUGAGCCAGUCAUUGCUGAGCCUUUUACAGCUGUUCCUGAGGCAUCGCCAGAAAUGACCGCUGAGCCAGUCAUUGCUGAGCAUUUUACAGCUGUUCCUGAGGCAUCGCCAGAAAUGACCGCUGAGCCAGUCAUUGCUGAGCAUUUUACAGCUGUUCCUGAGGCAUCGCCAGAAAUAACCGCUGAGCCAGUCAUUGCUGAGCCUUUUACAGCGGUUCCUGAGGCAUCGCCAGAAAUGACCGCUGAGCCAGUCAUUGCUGAGCAUUUUACAGCUGUUCCUGAGGCAUCGCCAGAAAUGUCUGCUGAGCCAGUGAUUUCUGAGCCGUUUGCAGAUGUUUCUGCAGCAGCACUGGAGCAUGCUCAAUCAACCGAAGAAGUGACUAUGGCAACACCAAGUGAACAGGAAACUAUGGGCCAGAUGCAAGAAACAAGUAAAGCUGAAUCCCACAGCUCUGGAAAAUGGCCCUUCGGAAAAAGACGUAGGCGCAGGACAUGAAAAUUGAGUGGCAAUAAAUGAUGCCACAUGGCCAUUAAUAAGGACCAAAGAUUGAACAAUCUUUAUGAACCAUAAUUUAUAUAUGUACUGUGAGCAACUCAGGUAGAUUGAACAUACAAAUAUUUAAAAUAAAAGAAAAUUGUAAGACCACAAG